UUUUUAUACGUCACUUCCUGCGCGGCAGACCAUCAGCUUGCAAAUUGUCAAUUAGCUUAAGCUGUUUCUCCCUGAUUCGUUCGUACAAACUUUACCGUCUUUAGAUCACACGGUUGUUCAUCAUCUGCUCUUCCACGAAUGAAUACUCAUUUAUGUCUAAAAGUGCUGACGAUUAAUUGCUACGCUUAUGUUGUUGGCGCUGCCACGCUAGCAACGUUAGCUAGCUGGCAGAGUUGAUGUUAGCAGGAGAUGCUACAGUAACGUUACAAGUUUACGAACGUUUAGAAGAACGAUAAUUGUACCGCUGACAUUAGUCCAGAUGAAUGGAUCACUUGCUUGUAGGUAACUAGAUGUCAGGCCAACUCGGAGUGUGACUGAUAAUCGUUUACAUUUGUGAAUGACUUCGUGGUAACGUUAGCGAGUAACGCUAGUUGCUGAAAAGUUCAUCAUGUCCACUCAGCUGACUGCAGAGCAGCAGCGAAAGAUUGAGGAAAACCGACGGAGGGCUUUGGAGAGAAGAGCCCAAAGACUUGGACAGACUAUUAGCAGCGAUACCCAGACCUCGUCAGGCCUCAGCAGCAGAUCUUCAGUGCCGAAAACGUUACAGCCCUCUAAACAGAGCGUUGCUUCGGAUCCUGCUACCCUGGCUCAACACACAGCUUCUGCACCAAAACUGUUUGUCCCGCCCUUCAAAAAAGACUCACCUAGCUUGAAUAACUACAAGCAAGGCCCAAAGCAGCAGCAGUUAUCUGCUACUAGCAACCAAAUCUACCAGAGUAACUAUGCUUCUACGAGACAGAUAAAAGUCAUUGACCCACUUCCACACACAAGAAAUCAGCAUGUGAGCAGCCCUGUUGUGUCUAGUGGAGGAAGCUGUGGUGUGCCACAACCUGUUCACCCCAAACCUAACCUCACGUCUAAUAGCUCUGGCGGCGCAGUAGGCCCAUUCUACAAGCAAACUAGUAAACCUGUCCAAAGUCCUGUGGCACAGCUGCCCUCCAACUCAUCAUCUUUGAAUGCUGUACCUGCAAAAAAGCCUGUCAUCUCCGUAAGAGGGAAAUGUGCAGCUCACACAGAAGGCCGCUUCAGAGUAGAAGUGGGGUACCACACAGAGCUGAUUGCUGUUUUCAAAUCCAUCCCCUCAAAGAACUAUGACCCUGCCACAAAGAUGUGGAACUUCAGCCUGGACGACUAUCGCCAGCUAAUGGUGGAAGCAGCUGCUAUUGCCUCUGUGUCUUUGAGGCCUCUGGAGGGAAUGGAGCCAAUGGACGUCGCGGCUGCCACAAGCCGAGCUUGUGACGGUGCGACGCUGGGGGCGCUGCUGAAGCUGUGUAACGGCUGGCAGAAACCUGGAGCCACUGUCCAGGGCCAGUGCGUCCUGGUGUCUCCGACGAAGUUUGAGGUUAACGUCGGUUACCAUGUCGACAUCAUUGCAGCAUUCAAGCAGAUGCCAACAAAGAGCUAUGACAUGAAAACGAGAAAGUGGAGCUUUUCAAUUGAGGAUUACAAGAAACUCUUGGAUCUCCUCGGUGGGAUAGCAGCAGUGGAGGUGGAGCCUCUGCCUAGGGCAGUAGUCCAGGCUUUCUCUUCCAGGUUUGACGGGACUGAAGCCAAGUCUUCAGCCGUCCCUGAAGCAGACCUCUCCAGCAUCGACCCCUCGCUAACCUGCAGCCUCAUGCCCUUCCAGAGGGAAGGAGUCAAUUUUGCGGUGUCCAAACAAGGCCGUCUCCUCCUGGCAGAUGACAUGGGUCUGGGAAAGACAGUGCAGGCCAUCUGUAUAGCAGCCUACUACAGAUCCGAGUGGCCCUUGCUGGUGGUGGCUCCCUCCUCUGUGCGAUUCACCUGGGCCGAGGCCUUCAGACGCUGGCUCCCCUCCCUGAGUCCUGAACGCAUCAACGUGGUGGUGAAGGCCAAAGACAAUCUGCGUUCCGGUUUGGUCAACAUCAUCAGCUACGAUCUGCUGAGCAGGAUGGACAAGCAGCAGCCAGGAAACUCCUUCAAUGUUCUCAUCAUGGAUGAGUCUCACUUUCUGAAGAACAUGAAGACUGCUCGUUGUAAAGCAGCCUUGCCUCUGCUGAAGGCAGCAAAGCGAGUGAUUCUUCUGUCUGGGACCCCUGCAAUGUCCAGACCCUCUGAGCUCUACACCCAGAUUCUGGCAGUCAGACCUACACUCUUCCCUCGCUUCCAUGAGUUUGGGAUGCGCUACUGCAAUGCCACACAGAUGCCUUGGGGGUGGGACUACUCAGGCUCAUCUAACCUUGGGGAGUUGAAGCUGUUGCUGGAGGAGUGUCUGAUGUUGCGCCGCCUUAAGUGCGACGUCCUCUCCCAGCUUCCUGCUAAACAACGCAAGGUCGUCACAGUGACCAUAGAUGGUAUCAACGCCCGCAUAAAAGCUGCUCUGUCAGCUGCUGCCAAGCAGUUGGCCAGUGAACAGAGCAAUAAAAGGAAAGAGAAGGAAGCCCUGCUCAUCUUUUAUAACCACACAGCUGAAGCCAAGCUGCAAGCCAUUAUGGAGUACAUCACAGACAUGCUGGAGUGUGGGAGGGAGAGGUUUCUAGUGUUCGCCCAUCAUAAGUUAGUCCUGGAUCAUAUUGUCACCGAACUAGUAAAAAAGAAUGUCAGUCACAUCCGUAUCGAUGGGUCCACUCCUUCAGCUGAACGGCAACAGCUGUGUGAGAAGUUCCAGUACUCGACUAAGACCUGUGUGGCUGUGCUGUCUAUCACUGCAGCUAACAUGGGUAUCACCCUGCACUCUGCUGACCUGGUGGUCUUUGCUGAGCUUUUCUGGAACCCCGGGAUUCUUGUUCAGGCAGAGGAUAGGGUGCACCGUAUUGGACAAACCAGCAAUGUGAACAUUCACUACCUGGUUGCCAAGGGAACAGCUGAUGAUCACCUGUGGCCAAUGAUCCAGGAAAAAAUGAAUGUCUUGGAGCAAGUUGGUCUGUCUGAGUCAAACCUCUCAGACAAAGCGGUGAAUGCCAGCUUCCACUCUAAGGACCCUAACCAGAGGAGCAUCAUGGAGAUGUUCCAGAGGUCUUUCACUGCAGAUGACGACAUAGAUGAAGUCAUCUUAUUGGACGCUGUGAACCAUUGGGAGAACACCCCGCCUUAAAACAGUUCUGGUCAACACCACGGUGUGGUUGGACAAAGCCACAGCAAAAGGAGCAUCAAAGAUCAUUUCAGCAGAUGACUGAACAUUUCCAUGUUGACAAAUUAUAUUAACAUUACUCUGUUUUGAAAGUCCCCGUUCCCUUUUUUUCUGCCUAUCAUGACUAAAUGCAUUUUCUUUUUAAAAGCUUACAAAUAUAUGGAAGCAUAUUUACAAUUCUGUAAGUUUUAAUUAGAAACUUUCUCAAAAAAUGACUUACUUGAAGUUAAGUAAUUACUUAGUAUCUCAAAAUAAUAAACACUCAAAGAUAAUGACAUAGUAUUUCAAACAUUCUUAAAAUAAGUAUCU